AUGGUCUUCAAGGCGGGCAAAAUUAAGCCUUAUUACAUACCGCCCGUCGCUCUUGGUGGGGUUGUGCUUAGAAAUGUGCAAAGAGUGAAGUAUCUUGGUCACAUACUGACGGAUGACCUGUGUGAUGACCAGGAUAUAGAGAGAGAGCGUAGGGCGUUGUCUGUGCGUUGUAAUAUGCUGGCCCGCAGGUUCGCAAGAUGCUCAGACGACGUAAAAAUCGUGUUAUUUAAGGCAUAUAGCCAAUCUUUUUACACGAGCGGCCUGUGGGUCAAGUACACAAAGCGAGCAUAUAACGCCCUACGCGUACAGUACAACAACGCGUUCAGGAUGCUGUUGGGGCUGCCACGAUGGUGCAGUGCGUCAGGCAUGUUUGCCGAGGCGCACACAGAUGGCUUUCAUGCACUGAUGAGGAAAAAGAUCGUCUCCCUCUUGACUCGUGUCAGAAAGAGUCCCAACAGCAUCCUGAAAACGAUUGCAGGCAGAUUUGAUUGCCCAAUCCUAUGGUAUUGGAUUGGGCAAAUCAAAUCGGUUCCUUUGUAUAUAAAAUAA